GUUCCACGCCUACCGUGCGCCCGAGCCUGUGCGUGAACGCACAAUCCCCUAGCCCAGACCGGUAGUUUUAAGCAAACGAGGCAGAAUGCCGGCCGUCAGAGGAGAUGGCAUGCGUGGAUUGGCAGUGUUCAUAUCGGAUAUCAGAAAUUGUAAAAGUAAAGAGGCAGAGAUUAAAAGAAUUAACAAGGAAUUAGCAAACAUUCGCAGCAAGUUUAAAGGGGAUAAAACACUUGACGGAUACCAGAAAAAGAAAUAUGUUUGCAAGUUGCUGUUCAUCUUCCUUCUUGGUCAUGAUAUUGACUUUGGACAUAUGGAAGCUGUCAAUUUACUUUCAUCAAACAAGUAUUCGGAGAAACAAAUUGGUUACCUUUUCAUAUCAGUCUUGGUGAAUACCAACAGUGAUUUAAUCAAAUUAAUCAUACAAAGUAUAAAAAAUGAUCUCGGCUCGCGCAAUCCAAUUCACGUCAACUUGGCAUUGCAAUGUAUCGCCAAUAUUGGUAGCAAGGAAAUGGCAGAAGCCUUUGGCAAUGAAAUUCCAAAACUGCUUGUCUCAGGAGAUACUAUGGACGUUGUGAAACAAAGUGCAGCAUUAUGCCUCUUACGAUUACUACGCACCGCGCCCGACGUUGUACCCGGCGGUGAAUGGACGUCGCGCAUAGUUCAUCUGUUAAAUGAUCAACAUCUGGGUGUUGUAACGGCCGCGGCAUCGCUCAUAGAUGCUCUCGUAAAACGAAAUCCAGAUGAAUACAAAGGCUGCGUUAGUCUCGCAGUUUCGAGAUUAAGUAGAAUUGUUACAUCGAGUUACACAGAUCUACAGGAUUAUACGUAUUAUUUUGUACCAGCUCCAUGGUUAUCCGUCAAAUUGUUACGCUUGUUGCAAAACUAUACACCACCAGCUGAAGAUCCAGGUGUGAGGGGCAGACUAAAUGAGUGUCUAGAAACAAUAUUAAACAAAGCUCAAGAACCACCAAAGUCAAAGAAGGUUCAGCAUUCAAACGCGAAAAAUGCUGUGCUCUUCGAGGCCAUUAGUUUAAUUAUUCACAACGACAGUGAGCCGAAUCUUUUAGUACGAGCAUGCAACCAACUCGGACAAUUUUUAUCGAACCGCGAGACUAAUUUGCGAUAUUUGGCACUGGAGUCUAUGUGCCAUUUGGCUACCUCGGAAUUUUCGCAUGAAGCCGUAAAGAAACAUCAAGAAGUUGUCAUAUUAUCGAUGAAAAUGGAAAAAGAUGUUUCCGUGAGACAACAGGCGGUAGAUCUGUUAUAUGCCAUGUGUGAUAAGAGUAAUGCCGAAGAAAUAGUUCAGGAAAUGCUAAAUUAUUUGGAAACAGCCGACUAUUCGAUUAGAGAGGAGAUGGUCCUUAAGGUAGCGAUUCUAGCCGAAAAAUAUGCGACUGAUUACACUUGGUACGUCGAUGUUAUUCUAAACUUAAUUAGGAUAGCAGGCGAUUAUGUUUCCGAGGAAGUUUGGUAUCGUGUUAUCCAAAUCGUUAUCAAUCGAGAUGAUGUACAGGGUUAUGCUGCAAAAACCGUCUUCGAGGCAUUGCAAGCACCAGCUUGUCACGAAAAUAUGGUUAAAGUUGGUGGUUACAUACUUGGAGAAUUUGGUAAUCUCAUUGCUGGUGACCAACGGUCUUCUCCAGCUGUCCAGUUCCAGCUCUUACAUUCCAAAUAUCAUUUAUGCUCUCCUAUGACCCGAGCAUUACUGCUUUCGACAUACAUAAAGUUUGUCAAUCUGUUCCCUGAAAUUCGAAGUCAGAUUCAAGAUGUCUUCAGACAACACAGUAAUCUACGUAGUGCAGAUGCUGAGUUGCAACAGCGAGCAUCGGAAUACUUACAAUUGAGCAUCAUUGCCUCAACCGAUGUUUUGGCUACCGUGCUGGAAGAAAUGCCGGCAUUCCCCGAGAGGGAGUCCUCCAUCCUUGCAGUUUUAAAGAAGAAAAAACCGGGUCGAGUACCGGAGAAUGAAAUUAGAGAAAGCAAAAGUCCAGCACCAAAUACUAACCACCAUGCUGAAGCCACUCCUGUUACUGUUGCAGCAGUUAACAAUUCUUCCGCCGAUCUAUUAGGACUGUCAACCCCACCUUCCUCUCAGCCAUCUAGUAACACAGGUGUAUUACUCGAUGUUUUGGGUGAUAUCUACAAUAUGCCAAAUAAAGUUGGUGCUACCAAUGGCACCCAAAAUACAUACAAUCCUAAGAAAUUUGUUUGUAAGAAUAAUGGUGUCUUGUUCGAGAGCGACUUGAUACAAAUUGGUGUAAAAUCAGAGUUUAGGCAAAAUCUUGGGCGCAUAGGCCUUUUCUAUGGAAACAAAACACAAUACGCAUUACACAGUUUUCAACCACAGCUAUCUUGGUCAGAGGAGAAUCAAGCAAAAUUAGCUGUACAAGUAAAACCUGUUGAUCCUAUAUUGGAGGCUGGCGCGCAAAUCCAACAAAUGAUCAAUGCUGAAUGUAUCGAUGACUAUAAUGAUUCGCCGAGUAUGCUUAUUUCUUUCAUUUAUAAUAACGUGCCACAAAAAAUCACAAUGAAGUUACCAUUAACAAUUAACAAGUUUUUCGAACCGACGGAAAUGAACGGGGAAUCAUUCUUCGCAAGAUGGAAAAAUCUCGGCGGAGCGAAUCAACAACGAUCGCAAAAGAUUUUCAAAGCGCAGCAACCGAUGGAUUUAACACAAGUACGUACAAAAUUACAAGGUUUUGGGAUGCAACUGCUUGAUGGUAUCGAUCCAAAUCCUGAUAACUUUGUCUGCGCCGGUAUCGUUCAUAUGAGGGCGCAGCAAGUGGGUUGCCUGUUGCGUCUUGAACCAAAUAAGCAAGCCCAGAUGUUUCGUUUAACGGUACGUUCAAGUAAAGAAUCGAUGUCGGUAGAGAUCUGUGACCUGCUGGUGGACCAAUUUUAAACGGCCUAGCAGGCGUAAAUGUCAUCGAUAAAUUAGUACUACGUUGUGAGAGGAUAUAUCAUUAUGAAGGAGGAUGUCAUCUCGCACGUCGUUGAAAAGGAUACUGAUGACUACUUGUUAAGACAUAUUUGCGUUGUACCCAAGCUUACACUCUUAACGCUCUUGUACGAAAUCUAUAUCUUCGUGUAGGUAGUUUUGUGUCACUAUAUCGUUUUAUCGAAGAGACAUAGAUUUGAAUCAGAUGAUCGAAAUCAAUCACGUACAGAAAGAAAAAACAUAUGUAUAAGCUGGCUAUGAUAGACAGUAUUAACUCGUAAUUGAAGAUAUUGUGUAGAUUUGUUUUAUAUGGAUUUACAUCUUAUAUUACAAUCUAUACAAUUUAUGCAGAUGAAACGAGAAUGAGAGAAACAGAAAAAACUAGAUAUUUUAUAGCUAUUAUAUAUAUAUUAUAGAAUCACUCGAGCCACAUAAUAGCAACAAAUAUGUGUUUUUUUUUAAUUUAGUUUUAUAAUACAAAUUUACCUCUGUAUCGUUACGAUUUAUAUAACUCUCAACAUCAGCGAGUCAUCAAGAUCAGAUCCCUAGAGUUGGAAGAUCUCUCUGUAUGUGAACGUCUCUUUGUUAUAUCAUUUCGUACCAAUGCGUCAUUUGGAGUCACGGAUUAUUCGUAUCGAUAUUUCGCCAUGAGAUUGUCGCGUGAGCGAGAGUAGAUUUGGGCACAAUGACAGUAGUUGUAUAAUAUUAGCUGUUUAUCACAUAGAUAUAUCCUUAUAUUUAACAGAGCUGCAAAUUAAUUAUUAUAUAAUUAGUAGAGUUUAUAUUUAAUUGCGCCUUAUUCUAAUCUUGAUUUUGAACAAUAUCCUAGUUUUUCUAUAUUAUUGAUAUUGAUGUAUGAUAAAUCCAUGGCUGGUCACUCUUGUGUUUAUAAAAUUCCAGCGAAAGGUAUAUUAUAAUCUUAGUAUAUCGUUAAUUGAAAUCUAAAUCACACAGAAUAAUGAUUUGUAAUUGUAGAAGUAUGUUUGAUUAUUUUCAGAAUUUUACGUAAGAUGUAUAUUUGAAAUAGAGUGUAUACUCUGUACAGGUAAUAAUUGAAGUGUGUUUUGGGAAACGCGUUUUAUAAUAUUAACAAUGGAAAGAGCAGCUCUAAAUAUGAUUUAAAUAUCGCUUUACAACGAUCAGUGACAUAUUACUGAUCUUUGUAAAGCUUUAUACAAUUGUACAUAUAAAAUUUGAAUUAAUUACAAAUGGCUAUAACAUUUACGAGAGAUACACAGGUUGCACUAUUUGUAGCCAUACCAAGCUCAAAUUUUUU